AUGGAACUUAAAAAUUGAGAUCAAGCCAUCUUACUUAAAUCAGCUAGGGAAGAUCUCGAUAACGAAACAAAAAUUGGCAAUGCCAAGUCCAAUCAAGAUGCUAAUCAAUUAAAUCCUCAAGAGUUAAAUGGUAAAUUUUCAAAGAUCUUAAGCGGUGUCAAUAAUACAGAAAUCGAACAAGAUUUUAGGAAAACUUGCUCACUAUAUGAGAAACAAAAUUAUGAAUCUGAUAUAUUACUAAACAGGGCUUAUCAUGAUUUUAUCAGCUCUUAUCAUCAUAUCUCAUCCCUUUAUCUCGUUCAAAGGGGAGAUGAUAUCGAUACUGAUUUGAUCAUUUAUGACACUGAAACUGAAACUGAGAAAACGAUAGUCUUGGAUUCUCCAAAUCAACUAACAGCGAAUGUAUGCCUCAUUCAACUUCCGAAUGGCGAAUUAUUCUGUUUGAGUAAUCUUUAUUUAGCCCCUAGUAGUGCUCUGAUAAUUGGCAUGACUUUUAAAACUCGAGUGUUGCCAUCUGGAGCAUUCAGGUAUUAUUCAUCAGCUAUAUAUUUCAAUGGAAGUGUCUACUGCUUUGGAGGAUAUGAUAAUGUCAAAAUUUUAAACUUUUCUUGCAGAUUUUGCUUAGAUGAAAACCGGUGAAUUAAAAUAACCCCAAUGCUGAUAGCUGAUGCAUGGUGCCAUAGCGCUAUAUAUAAAGGGAAUAUUUUGAUUUCUGGAUAUAGAUUUACACAUAUUUUAAUAUACUCACCUGAAAUUGAUUCUUUCUCUAUAAUUCCUUAUGAUUUUAAAGAAUAUAAGCGCAAGAUCUUGAUAAAUUCAGAGAGACUAUAUUUAAUUGAAGACAGAGACUGAGAAAGUUAUGGAUUUAUUUAUGAAAGUGAGAUUGGAGAUGAGUAUACCUGGAAAUGAGUAGGAGAAUCAGUAGUUAGAUAUGCAUAUGAUCAGGUAUAUUGCUCAUAUAAUAAAGGAAGUAUUUAUAUUGGUUGCUUGGAGGCUGGGAAUCCUGAAAAAUUCUACUAUAAAUUUAAUUUAAAAGAAAAAGUAAUGAUUGAGCUUAAAGAGGCUCAGGCUGAUGCUACUUAA